AUGCCCUGCCAGGAGGCCCUGUGCUGGCACAACGGGCUGGUGGCAGCUGCCUACCUGCAGCAGGCAGGGGUGCGCACGGUUGUGCUGGAGAAGCGCCACGUGCUGGGUGGUGCAGCUGUCACAGAGGAGAUCGUGCCAGGGUUCAAGUUCUCCCGGGCAUCGUACCUGCUCAGCUUGCUGCGACCACAGAUCUACACUGAGCUGGAGCUUCAGCGGCAUGGUCUGAGGGUGCUCCCACGGAACCCCUACUCCUUCACUCCGCUGCUGGAGGACAGGAGCCCUCCUCGCUCCCUCCUGCUGGGACAAGAUAUGGCCCAGACCCAGCGGCAGAUCGCUCAGUUCUCCCAGAAGGAUGCCCAGGCUUACCCUGAGUAUGAGGUGUUCAUGGGGGGCUUGGUAUCGGCUCUUGACCCACUGCUGGAUGGCCCCCCCGUGGGUACCACUGCGCUGGCUGCUCUAGGGAAGGGCUCCCUGCUCCAGCAGCUCAGGAACCUGCGAGCCCUGCGGCCCCUGCUGCAGGCAGGGCUGGCACUGGGGCGGCAGCUGCCCCGUUAUUAUGAGGUGCUCACAGCCCCCAUCUCCAAGAUCCUGGAUCAGUGGUUUGAGUCAGAGCCCCUGAAGGCAACUUUGGCUACUGAUGCGGUGAUUGGAGCUAUGGCCAGCCCCCACACCCCUGGCAGUGGGUAUGUGCUGUUGCACCAUGUCAUGGGAGAGCUAGAGGGACGGCGAGGUGCCUGGGGCUACGUGGCAGGCGGGAUGGGGGCCCUGUCCCAAGCCAUCGCCCGUGCAGCGACUGCCCGGGGAGCCCACAUCUUUGCUGAGAAGGCAGUGUGCCAUGUGCUGCUGGGCAGGGACAGACAGGUGCAGGGUGUUGCACUGCAGGACGGGACAGAGGUGAGGAGCAAACUGGUGCUGUCCAAUGCCUCCCCCCAAAUCACCUUCCUGGAACUCAUUCCCCAGGAGCAGCUGCCAAAGGAUUUUGUCCAGCGAAUCCGGCAGGUUGACACACGUUCUCCCGUCACCAAGAUCAAUGGUAGGUUUCAGGCUGCCCCCAAUGCCCGCGACGACCAGCCCCUGCCCCACCACCAGUGCUCUAUACAUCUCAACUGCGAGGACACCCACCUUCUGCAUCAGGCGUUCACUGAGGCCACCCACGGGCACCCCUCCAGCAGGCCCAUGAUUGAGCUCUGCAUCCCCUCAGUGCUGGACCCGGGGCUGGCCCCACGAGGCUGUCAUGUUGUGUCCCUCUUCACCCAGUACACCCCGUUUGUGUUGGCGGGUGGGCAGUCCUGGGACGAGCAGGCCAGAAAUGCAUAUGCAAACACAGUGUUUGACUGCAUCGAAGACUAUGCCCCGGGGUUCAAGGCAUCCAUCAUUGGCAGGGACAUCCUGACACCACCAGACCUGGAGAGGGUCUUCGGGCUGCCUGGUGGGAAUAUCUUCCAUGGAGGUAUGUCUCUGGACCAACUGUACUUUGCCCGGCCAGCACCAUCCUACUCUGGCUACCGGUCCCCAAUUCCUGGCUUGUACCUGUGUGGAAGUGGAGCACACCCUGGAGGAGGGGUGAUGGGAGCUGCAGGACGCAAUGCUGCCCAUGUGGCCAUCAAAGAUUUCAGGCACCUCUGA